UAUCAUUUAUGGACAGAUCUUCGAUUAAUCGUUCUCCUUUGAACACUAGUACAAGUAAAUAAAUGUACACUUUUCCAAAAGCGAAACGUUGGCUUGAAGUAAAAGAUAAUCUGUAAGUGGAUAAAUUAAUUUGUCUAUAUAGUUGUCCUCCAAUAUAUUAAUUACCCACAACUUUAAGUAAAAGAGGAGCAGGGAUAGGAUUUGGGAAGAAAACGAAUAUGACACAGGAAACUAUUACACCUGGGCCAAAUUACUAUACAGUUUAAAAGAGCCAAGAGCAAGGAUGGACAAUGGGAUUAGGAAGGGAAGUAAUAAUACGGGUUAACUUAUUAAAAAUAGCAUGCAAAUAAAUAUGAGAGUAUAUUUUUGGGGCUAGUAUAAAAUACACCAGGACCAGGAACAUAUAAAUUUAAAGAUGGUAUAUCUCCGGUUCGUUACAGUAUGAGAUAAAGAUUUUCAACUCGCAAUGAGAUAGAAACUAAACCUGGACCGUAUGGGUAAUCAUAUAUUUUAGUGGUCAUUACAAUUUACCAAGCAGUAUUAAUAGUAAAGGGAUAUAUGCUCUAAGUUAAUAUAGAAAGUAUAAAUAAAAUGAUAAAUAAAUUUAAAGCUCUGGAGCUGUUUUAUUAUCACCUCCUAAAAAUAGUUCAGAGAGAAAAAUAAGAGAUAAUACACCUGGUCCUGGCUCAUAUUAAGAGAUUGGCAGUAUUGAUCCAAAAGGAACAUAUUUCUGUUCAAAGUUUAGUGCAAGCAAAUGCAACAAAUUCUCAAGAGCAUAAAGAACGAUGUCUGAAUAUAGAAAUAAAUCACCUGGACCUGGAACAUAUAAAUUACCCUCUGAAUUUGGGUUUUGA